AUGCAAGACUUCUUUGGUAUCAAGCGCAUCUGGGACCGCUACCAGAAGAACGUAGCACAGGGAAUCGCCGAUGGGGCCCCCGAAAGCAGAAUCAAAGGAAACUCAGGGCGGAAGCCAUACGAUCGCUCCAAACUGGCGACGAAGCUCAAGAAGGUACCCGUCUUUCAGCGUCGUCGUGUGGCAGCUACAGCGGCUCGUAUUGGGGUCUCCACGUCCCUGAUACGGUCUCUGGUUGACGAGGGGUACCUGACGCGGCGUUCAAGUAGCAUUAAGCCUCACCUAAGCGACAACAACAAGAUUCAGCGCAUGCAGCACACUCUCACCUUCAUCAACGAUCAGACGUACCAGUUUGAAAACAUGUACGGUAUGAUACACAUAGAUGAAAAAUGGAUUAACGAGGACAUCGACGAGCGCACCUUUCUGGUUCUCCCCGACCAAGAACUGCCAGAACGCCACCGCCAAAGCUAG